AUGGCGGCCAUCGCCCUGUUGGAGAGCGGCCACGAUGUCGAGAUUUAUGAGAGAUCACAAUUCAAGAGCGAGGUGGGAGCUGCAAUCUCGACGCCUCCCAACUCCGCGAGAGUGCUCAACUACUACGGAUUCGACUUUGAACGGGCCAGAGCCACUACCGCGGAGAAGUACUUAUACUACGACGAUCCCAACAACAUUGACAAAACGCGAAUGGUGACAUGCACCGACUACACCCCCAGAUACGGCGCCCCCUGGCUCUUUUUCCACCGCAUUGAUCUUCACAAUGAGCUCAAGGUCCUAGCCACGGAGCCGACUCCAACGAGAAGGAGCGUUGCUCGCCUGAAUCUCGGCGUUAAGGUAUCUGACGUUGAUAUCGACGGAACGAUACACUUUGAAGGUGAUGCGAGCGUCCAGAAGGAUCUAAUCAUCGCGGCCGAUGGCAUACGAUCUUCCUUCAUCUCAAAGGUCGUGGACGAUGCCCCGGAAGCGCAGCACUACAUGUCGAUGCUCCGAUUGAUGGCCCCCGUAGAGGACCUCCGCGAUGACCCGGAAGUUGUAGCGUUCUUCAAAGAUGGGUUGGCCUCGAUCCGUAUCAGCUAUGGUACCAUGCGAAGUGCCGUUAUCUACGGAUGCCGAGGUGGCUCUCUCCAAAACAUCGGCUUGCUGUACCCUCCUGAACUAGCCAUUGAUUCAGAAGGCAACGACCUUUCAGUAAGAGACGACUUUGUCUAUAAGGUUGUCGAGGAGUUUCCGAAACCUGUGCAAUCCAUCUGCACGUAA